AUGGGACGCAGAAAAAUUGAAGUCCAAAAAAUUGAAGAUAAAAAUAAAUGUGUGGCCACUUUCCGCAAGCGUCGAGAUGGUUUAUUUAAGAAAGCGCUUGAACUACAUCGUCUGACUGGCGCGGAAAUUACACUGAGUUUAGUAUACAACAAAUCAAGAUAUUACUUCAGCUCACAUGGUGAUACAGAUGAUGGAGAUGUAAUUAACAAUUUUCACUACACUAAACAUUUUCAGUUCAAGGCAUGUGGAUCUCAUUUACCACACGGUUGCAAUGAAACUAAUUGUUCAUCCAAGUUAUCAAAUAAUAGUCAUUCAAGUCAAAAAAAUGAAACAUCUAUUAAACGGAAUUCAUUCCCAUUGAUAAAUUCCGGUAACAACUGUACAAAAUAUAAAUAUAAAAGUACAAAGUUAACUAGUGAAGAGAGAUUGGCUAAUUUACGAUAUUUAAUUGUUGAUGAGUUAUUUAAACAGGCGCUUACACGAUUUCGUUCUUUAACCAAAGUAACCAGUUUGAAUAAGAAACAGUCAAUAAUUAGUCCCUGUUAUAAUAGUAGUGGUAGUUGGACUAUGUUAAGUCCAUCAAGUAUUAUUCCUAGUUAUGAAGUUUCAUCAUCUCAUCUGGUAGAUCAAUCAGAAAAGGUUUUUAAUGAUGAAAAUAUUUUGUCGAUAGUUCAAACGCACACAAAUUCACCAUUAUUGGAAUCCAAUUAUCAAUCAUUACAAUUUAUUUAUUCACCAAAUAAUUUAUCAUAUUCAUCAUCAAUGAAUACUACUACAGAUCAACAAUUAUCAAAAGAAUUUAAUUCAAGUCCAUUAAGUCAAAUUUUAGAGUUUAUUGAUGACAAUAUUAAUACUACUACUAAUACUACUGAUAAUAUCAGUCAUGACAAUGACGAGUCCGAGGUAGACAACAACAACAACAACAAUAAUAGUAAUAAUGAAAAACAAUAUUUGGAUUUAGAUAAUGAUACUUCACAACCAUCAUAUUUUACUGAAUUACAAACACCAAAUAUGAUAUGUUAUUUAGAUGAACCAAUCAAUUAUUAUUCAUCAAUAGAUGAUAACCCAUUAUUGAUUGAAGAGAGCACAAAUUGA